AUGGAAGCCACCUGUAAUGAAUCAGAGGACUCCUCACCUGUAUUCUGCCUGGUGGGCAUCCCCUCUCUGCCUGAAUCCCUCUUUUCCCUUGUAUUCUUAGUUUUCCUCUUCAUCUACCUGCUCAUCCUGGCGGGGAACACCCUGAUCCUGGUGGCUGUAGUGGCAGAGCCCAGCCUCCACAAGCCCAUGUACUUCUUCCUGGUCAACCUCUCAGUCUUGGACAUUCUCUCCACUACAACCACCAUCCCCAAGAUGCUGUCCCUACUCUUAUUUGGGGACCACUUUCUCAGUUUCCCUGCCUGCUUCCUACAGAUGUACCUUUUCCAUGGCCUCAAUUGCUCUGAAGCCUUCAUCCUGGUGGUCAUGGCCUAUGACCGCUAUGUGGCUAUCUGCUGCCCCCUGCGCUACCCUGUGCACAUGACCCCCCGGACCAAUGCUGCGCUGGCCGCUGGUGCCUGGCUCACUGCCCUUCUCCGGCCCAUCCCGGCUGUGGUACAGACCUCCCACAUGGCUUUUGGCAAUAUUGCUCACAUCUAUCACUGCUUCUGUGACCAUCUGGCCGUGGUCCAGGCCUCCUGCUCUGACACCACACCCCAGACCUUCAUGGGCUUCUGCAUCGCCAUGGUGGUGUCCUUCCUGCCCCUUCUCCUGGUGCUUAUUUCCUACACCCACAUCCUGGCUGCGGUGCUUCGCAUCAGCUCCCGAGAAGGACGCUCAAAGGCCUUCUCCACCUGCAGCUCCCACCUUCUGGUGGUUGGGACCUACUACUCAUCCAUCGCCAUUGCCUAUGUGGCCUACAGGGCUGACCUGCCCCUCGGCUUCCACAUCAUGGGCAAUGUGGUGUUUGCCAUUCUUACUCCUGUCCUCAACCCUCUUAUCUACACUCUGAGGAAUAAGGAUGUCAAAGCAGCCAUCAGCAAAAUGACAUGUCCCCAGGUCCAGGGCAUUCUGGGGCUCUUGACCCUUAAAUGCAACUAA